GGGCGUACAAUUUGGUCAUUUGACUUUGGGUCGAAUUCAAUAUUGUCUACAGUUGAUCAAGUGAACAAUGUGGAGUCCGAGGCACUACCCUCUUUUGGUUGGCGUCCCAGCGUCCUUCUUUUGAGCAGUCUAGAUGGCAGCCAGCAUCUUUCUGGCCUUUUAUUGGCCCAAUUCGCCAUAGAGCUCUGUCGUCUGGCCAAUUACUCAUCUGUUUAUAGCCAGACCCCUCACGAGCCAACGGAUGCACCGCCAGUUACCAGCACAGAAGGCGUCUCUGCCUUCGUGCCUAUGAGUACAGAAGACAGGUCAAACUAUGAGAGUGUCUUCGAUACGAAGGAGAUGGAGGAAAGGCUGGAUCGACUCUUGGAGAAGGAGGAGGCUGAUCUGGCUGCGCGACGCUUUCUCUCCUCGGUUCGCCUCUCGAUACUUCCUGUGCCGGAUCCGGACUUGACUGCGAAGACUUGGCUCGCUGAUUCGCUGAAGGAGAGGUCGCAAUCGGCUGAAUCCAAAGAACCUAAUGGCCUCUGUACACCACCUCGUGACGAGUAA